AUGGCCGUGCAGGGUCAAAGAUUUAUGACCAAGACCCAACACUAUCGGAAAGUGACCAAACCCCUGCUGGAGCGCAAGAGACGCGCUCGGAUGAACCUGUAUCUGGAUGAGCUAAAGGAUCUCAUAGUGGACACAAUGGAUGCGCAGGGGGAGCAGGUUAGCAAGCUGGAGAAGGCCGAUAUCCUGGAGCUUACCGUCAACUAUCUGAAGGCGCAGCAGCAACAGCGAGUGGCCAGUCCUCAGUCUCCACCAGAAACGCAGGUCAACAUCGACAAGUUCCGGGCCGGAUACACCCAGGCUGCCUACGAAGUCUCACACAUAUUCUCCACCGUGCCGGGCUUGGAUCUCAAGUUUGGCACCCACCUGAUGAAGCAGUUGGGUCACCAGCUCAAGGACAUGAAGCAGGAGCAGGCGGAAAUGGAAAUGGAAGCGGAGGAACCUGUCAAUUUGUCGGAUCGCAAGUCUAAGGAUCAUCUCAAUCGUCCCUCAUCACCACAGGCGGAAGAACCCCCCAACGGCGAGGAUGUUUGGCGUCCCUGGUGA